ACACACAUGUAAAAUCUUCUAGAUCUAUGUAUAAUGUCCUAUCGAAAAAGCCAUUGAAAACUAGGGAAUAAAUAAAACAUUGUACGAUAUGUCUUAAGUAAAGAGAUAACUCUACAGAUAUUGAUAUAUACAUCCCAACAAAAUACUUGGCAUGAAAGGCCUCCUGAAGGAAGAAACUAGCUGGCCAUGGCCUUUUCCUCGUCAAUUACUAGGCAGAAUUUCACUUGAUAGUCCACAGUGCGAUUUCAUUUCCCCCUUCAAUCCAAUCAACCAACUAGGCUUCUCUUGCACAUUAUGCAUUACUCUUGGAGUAGGUACAGCUUAGCGGCUUCAAUAUGGACCAUAUGGCUUUGGUUGACAAUGAUAAAAAAUGCACUAGAAGCUAACUCGGAGUUCACAGACGUCACAGUUCCUUGCAGCUCUGUUGGCAUAGUUGGAAAAAGAUGUUGUGUACUUACAUGUAUAGAUGUAACUUACUCACAGGGAUAUACAAAUAACAGCUUAGAUCAAAUUGCAUUAGCUGACUUGGUUGACAUGCGUUGUCGAACUUCCGAUACUACUGGGUUUUGUUACAAACAAUCCAGUGGUAAUAGAGGUGCUCAUCUUUACACUGGCAUUGGCAGUACCCAUUAUUAUCUUGAUUCUUUUCCUCCUGGACACCAAGGUAGUGACAGUAUCCGUUCAGCUCAUACAACGGUACAUUAUUACAGUCCUUGUCCAGUUGGGACUUCUCGUGAUGGUGAUAUUCCGGAAGGAGUUAUCUUUAAAGUAACAAGUUUUGAGCAGUUGAAGCAACCAUCAUUCAACUCGAAAUCAUUUGUCACAUACAUACAACCGGUGCCCUUUGCCGUGUUUGCUCUCACAAAACGGGAAUUGGAGUACCAACCAAGGAAAGAUGGUAAAGUUUGGAUCUCACACCGUGUAAAGCUAACUCUAGCUAGGUCUUUGCAUCUGUCGCUCAUUUCUUGUUUUUGGGUUCACUGGGAUUGUUUACAGUAUUAAGAAGCAAAACUCUGUUAUGCUCAAAUCCGAAUUCUUCAAGAAAAAUGGACGGUUAUUGUUAAAGCAACAUAUUGAUGCUUCACAAUAUGGAAGCACAAUGAUAUUUACAGCCGAGGAACUACAGAUGGCUACUGAAUUUUACAAGAAGAAACACUUCUUUGGUCCAGGAGGAGACGACGGAAGUACUGUCUAUGACAAAGGAUUUUUAGUGGAGGAGGCCCAAGUCGAGCAUUUUAUGAAUGAUAUUAUCACUCUUACCAAAAUUGGCCAUCGAAAUUUGGUCAAGUUGUUUGGCUGCUGUUUAGAGACUGAAGCUCCCCUUUUGGUUUAUGAACUUGCUUCCAGUGGAACCCUUUUCGACCACAUUCAUCAUACUAGCGGGAAAAGUCAUUGCCAUGGGAUACCCUUUUAAAGAUAGCCUCAGAAUCCGCAGCUGCUCUUGCACACCUACAUUCUUCUUCUACAGCAGAUCACUCGCAACCAAUGAUUCAUGGAAAUGUGAAGUCUUCCAAAAUAUUAUUGACGGAUUGUUUCAUGGCCAAAGUCACUGGUAAUUUAGACCUUUGAAGUUAGUCCCCAGUAAUGAAUCCCAGAUAAGCACAUUGGUGCAGAGGACACUUGGUUAUUUGGACCCAGAGUAUCUUGUUACAGGCCAAUUGACAGAUAAAAGUGAUGUGUAUAGCUUUGGAGUCGUUUUGUUGGAAAUUUUAACUGGGGAGAUGCCGGUAUGCUUUAAAAGACCUGAAAGUCAAAGAAUCAUGACUUCACAUUUCGUAUUGUCCAUGGAACAAAAUUGUCUAUCUCUGAUUCUUGCGCCACAAUCAGUUGUAAAUGAAGGAAACAGAGAACAAGUCAGAGACUCAGAGCAGUUGCAGAGCUUGCAAAGAGAUGCCUCAAGUUGAGCAGUGCAGAAAGGCCUUCAAUGGAAGAAGUGGCCAAGGAGUUAAAAUUGCUAUAUGAAGAGUCUGCCUAGUUCAUACGUACUAAAUUACUAACAACCAUUACAUGAGAAUGAAAAUCUCUAAAUUACUCACCCUGUAUGUCACAUAGCUCAGUUAGUUACUUUGUGUUUUUCGAAAUCCGUUGUCAUGCUAGGUUACUUGAAUAUCACUCAAGCAUCCUAUGUUCCAUGAAGUUGUUUUAUAAAAUUU